UGUGAGUCUGCAGCAUAAUUUUGCAAUGGGUUUCAUGUGUCAUUCGUGGAUUUAAUGCGUUUUCGUGGCUGCCAUACGAACGUUAUUUUUGAAAACGUCAUCCAAACGCAACAGCUCAUGAUGUCGGAGUGGCACCUGUCAUUGAAGCUGGUGGAUCAGCCCAAAUCCACCUUCCACUUCCCUGAGACAAUGCCUGGAGACGUGUCUCCCGGCGGGUACCGAGUCUCUACUCUGAAACAGCUCGUUGCAGCACAGCUUCCUGAUUCCCUACCGGACCCCGAACUCAUAGAGCUGGUACAUUGUGGUCGCAAGUUGAAGGACGACCUGACUUUAGACUCCUGUGGGAUCCAGCCUGGAUCCACCCUGCACAUCCUCAAAAGGACCUGGCCUGAACCAGAGAUCAAUCCAGAGCCAGUGAACAGGACAACUGCAGCCAGGGAGUUCCGUGUGCUGCAGGCAGCCCUCCACUCCAACUCCACCUACAGAGACUCGGUGUUUAAGAUGCUGACUAAUAAGGAGUCUCUAGAUCAGAUCAUUGUGGCCACGCCAGGGCUGAGAUCUGACCCGGUAGCACUAGGAGUGCUCCAAGACAAAGAUCUAUUUGUGCAAUUCACAGACCCUAACAUGCUGGAUGUGUUGAUCAGUUCUCACCCAGCCUUGGUCAAUGCCAUCAUCCUGGUCCUCCACUCAGUGGCUGGCAGCAUGCCUGCUCAGUCCAGCGCCGGCUCUUCCCGCAACGUUUCCUCCAGCUCCUACAGUGACAUGCCAGGAGGGUUUAUGUUUGAGGGCAUGUCUGAUGACGAUGAAGAUUUCCAAUCGGGAAAUCCGGCAGGCCCAUCCAACCGAACCGGGGGCCCAGCAGGAAUGCGGCCUGUGUCCCUUGGCCAUAGUGGAGCUACAGGCCCUCGACCCAUAACACAGAGUGAGCUGGCCACUGCCCUGGCCCUGGCCAGUACUCCUGAGAGCAGUGCUGUUACUCCCACUGCGGGGGCUCAGCAGGACCCCUCAUCUGGAGUGCCUCCCACGCCAGCAGGGACUCCUGUCAGCAAUGACCUUUUCAGCCAGGCACUGCAGCAGGCUCUGCAGGCCUCCAGCAUGUCCAGCAUGUCCUCUCUGCAGGGGCGUUGGCAGUCCCAGCUGCAGCAGCUGAGAGACAUGGGGAUCCAGGAUGAGGAGCUGAUGUUACGGGCGCUGCAGGCUACAGACGGGGACAUCCAGUCAGCUCUGGAGCUCAUCUUCGCUGGAGGGCCAGGACUCUGAGCCAAGCCAGGGCCCUGUGAGAGGAGAGUGCAGGGGGAAACGUCUCUACACAGACGCAAGCUGAUGGCUCUGGUCAUUCUGCCAUUAGGCUGUGAUAUGGACACUUAUAUGGACACUGCUUCAGACAUGAAGACCUCAUUACUACUCCUCUACGCUUUCAUACACAGCCUAAAUGGAACAACCUUUAAAUGGCUGGCAAAACAUUUCUUCUUUUUGUUUUUGACUUGUAAUAAAGAUAAACAUGUACCUUAUCUA